ACAGAUCUUAUCAGGGAUGGUUGGAAGCACCAAUGUGCCCGUUAACAUUUCAUGUUUUGAGUUGAUUAAGCCAAGCUUCGAUGAGACCAGCCGCCAUUGUUCUCUCGAUGUCUUGCCUAUUGUAAUAGAGGAGACUUCAUUUCCAAUGAGAGAAAAAUGCAGGUUAAACACUGCACAUGGCCAAGAUGUCUAUAGCAUUUCUGUGAUGCCGGAGGAAGGAAACAAGAAUCCAAAAUGUACACCACAGUUAACUUUUCUGAGCCUUGUAGAAGUUCCGUUUUCGUCUAAAAACCAGAUUCGUGUGGAUGCUCAAUUGAGUUGUCACAACUGCAUCGAUUUGAAAGUCGAUAGUGAAGAUGCUUAUUCAUCUUGCGUUCUGGACAUAAACAUCGAGAAGGAGAUACCUGACAUACUUACAUCCACUGAUGAAAUUGUUGGAAAUUCAAAAAGUGAAGGUGUACUAAAGCAUUUGCAGAAGGUGCUGCAGAGACAGUCAAGCAUAAAUAUAGAAAAAUCAUCGGCCGAGAGGGCUCAAGAUGCACCAAUGAACAGAUGGAAAAGAUAUAGACGAGCUGCAUCAUUUGAUUCAAGGAAAAUAGUCCUCCUAUUCUCAAUCCUGUCAAGUUUGGGGACAUUGAUAUUGAUUUAUCUGACGUUGAGAGUUAAGGCAAGCUAUUAACGGGUUCGGGUUUUCGGAUGUGAGCACCGGAUACGGUUAUGUUCAUAUUUUUUCAUAGAUUUUCAUGAUGAUCAAAUCCUCGACUCGUGUCUACCGUCUUCUACUUUAUGCUUUUGAGCAUUUUUUUUCUUGAAAUUUCUUGAGAACUCGUGUUUUGAGAACAAAUACUUUAAGUUUAGCUAGCGAUUCAAGUCGCAGUCGCGUUUUCGGUAAUGUCCCGUUUAUCGCUAUUGCGGUCAUAGUGGACACUAUUGCGAGUCUAGCGGGUAUAUCAGAAGGCAAUGGUACCGUUAUUUCGAGGGCGCUAUCGUGGUCGUGGACCGCUA